AUGGCGGCCCAGGAGACGGUUUUUUUGCCACCUAUCAACCGACCACCUGUCCCCACCCCUCGUCCACAACCACCACAGCUCCCCUACGGGCCAGGCCUUGCAGCGGGUGCAAACGACAUAAAAUAUCACGCUAAAUACAAAGACCUAAAGGUUAAGGUGAAGGAAAUAGAACAGGAUAAUGACAAGCUGCACUACAAGAUUCUGCAAGCAAAACGAGCAAUUCAGAGAAUGAAGUUGGAACGCGCCGUGUUGUAUGAACGACUGCAAGUAGUCCCACCGUCAUCCGACAUGCUUUCUGUCAAUGUAGGACGAUUACCACCGCAUCUUCAACCGCACGAGCAACAACCACCCCCAAUGGACCGUCGUCCGAUAGGACCAAUGAACAUGGAUCGACGAGGGUCAAUAGGUUAUAUGCGGCCACCUGAACCAUUUCCUCCAGGAAGCAGCUCUGCCCCGACAAUGUACCCACCCCCUCCUGAGCCAUAUAUUGAACCGCCGCCACCACACAGCUCACCCAACCACGCUCGUCGCCACGUUCCUGCAGCAUUGCCAGGCCCAGACAUUCACGAGCUUGCGGCACGUUCCCAGCAACACUCCCACUCUCCCCCAUCCGACUCACGUGUCCCCACCCGUGGAAUACACAACCACCAACGACUGGGACCAGGCACGUACAUAAACCGCGAAGAUGAACGCGACUGGGAUAGAGACCGUGAACACGGUUCUCGACCUCGUGACCUGCCAACCGCGUCUCCUUCCUCUCAACAGUACCACCGACCAUAUUCCCGUUCAAACAGUCCCUCUGCCCAUGCUUCUGGCUCCGGACAGGCUGAAUCACGUCCAGACUCGCGCGACCAAUUCUAUGAUGGCGAUCAACCCCCUCCCCAGCCAGCAAGACGCGCUUCAUUCAGGCUUCGCCCUGUACCCCCGAGAGAUGACCGUGAUGUCGAUAUGCCACUUUCCGUACCCCGUAACGGAGGUAGCAAUGCUGGUGGGCCGGGAUCAGGUCUAUACCCGCCGCCGCUGCCUCCAGGUGGCCCAGCGCCGCCGCCACCGCUUGAGUCUCGAAAGCGGACGAGAAACGAGAUGGAAGAUAACGAUGACCCCCCAAUUUUCCCCGGUAGACAUCACGAGCCACGCAGCUCAAAACGCUACCAUCCAUAG